AUGGUGUCAGUCAUACCAGUGAAGGAGAAGAAGCUCAUCGACGAUGUCAAAAUAGGAGAGCUGCCAAGCUGGAUACUGAUGUGGGAUUUUACUCCUAAAGGCAUUGCUGGAAUGUUUCAAAGGGGUUACUACAAAAUUUUUUUAACGUAUGUUAAUGUGAAGAAAGGAAAUGUCCCUGGGAUUUCUAUGGUGUUGGCAGCUUACGAGUUUUUCAACUACUUCCUUUCAUACAAGGAACUCAAACAUGAGCAGCUACACAAGUACCACUGA